GCGACUUCCUUAUGAAGUCCACAUAUGGCAUCAUCAAAACACUUCAGAGCUCGUGGGGUCAUGGCGGAAUGAGGGUACAAAAAAGGGCUGAACAAAACAACAAUACAUCUUAGACAGAUUGUAACUGUUACUGGCUGCCUAGACACAUCUCUGAAGUCGAAUCUUUGCCCUCAGCUUUCUUUUUGCAAGGAAUUUACAACAACCCUUGGGAUGUCACAGACUUUCUCCAGGUGACAGCAACCAGCUUGCCAGUGGCCAUAUGUUGAUAUCAACUGCAGAAUCAGAUGGACAUUUUUGAGAUGGAAAUCUGCAUUGAACACCCGUCCUUGGCAUCAUAGAAAUCGUAGAAAUCCAAAUUGCAACCAAAUAUUGAUCAUGUUAGCAGUAUUAUACUCAUGACCUACAGCAGAGGCCUUGUGAUUCUCUCUCUUAAGUGUCGCUACCAAACUGUUCUUAGAGCUGUGAAACUUGAUAUCUUCAGGAUGUCUGACUCAGGCAAUGGAGCAAAGCCAUGUACACAUACCUCAAGUCAACAAAAGACUCAAAGUAACAGCAAGGCUGGUUCAAAAUCCAGCAUACUUCAAACCUCAAAAUCCGCAGAAUUUUCUAGAGUUUCUGUAGCACCAAAGCAUUCAAGAAGUCAUGCAACUAGAGAUGAACAAACAUCAAGUUCAAGUGAGACUGCUGCAUCAUUUAAGCCUCCAACAGCAAAACUUCCUUCCUCCUUCACAGCAAGAAAGUUACAUAAGUCCCCCAAAGUGUCAGGCAAACUUGUUAGUAAGGAUAAACUUAGUCCUGCAGAAUCUGCAGAUCAAACCAAAACUGCUAGCAGCAGUACUCAGGAGUGUGUACCUGUUCAUUCUAGAUCCUCAGAUGUCAAACUUACAACUGUCAGUCUUGUUACCAAGGCACCGCCUGGAGCGAUAAAGGUACACGAGGUGGGGAAAGGGUCCGCAUUCCCUCAAGUGAAGAAAGAUACCAUUACUGCAUCGCAAGGAGAAAAGGCUAAUAUUGAUCUGCAGAUUUUGUCAACAGAAACCUCAGCUGCAGGAAACAAGGACAAGGUAAGAGACUCUAACUCAGGGAGUAGCAGUGUUGAAACUGUUCCUUGCUCUCAGGUGAAAGAGGCAAAGGUGGCUGACAACAGUGCAAACUCCAGAACUGCUGUUUCACAGCGACGGAGGAAACGGAAAACUGUCAGAGAAGAUGCUGCUGAUGGGAAGGCCAGGAAAUCUGGAGAAGGUGCAAAGCAUUCUAGAGGUACAGUUGCAAAGGACAUUCAAACAUCAGCAAAAGGAAGGAAAGUAACUGCCACUAAAGCUUCACAUGUGAAGGAAAAAAAUGACACAGAGAAAGAGAGACGGUCAUCUCUUAAUUCUGCUCCAUGCUCCAAGUUGGAAUCCAAAGUAUCAGAACACAGAACUAAACAGGGAACUGAUUUGUUUGGCACUGAAGCAUCUCUUGGUACAGCAGCAGAAGAACAAAGCUCUGUAGUAACAGACAGAAAGGGAGUGCUAGAUGUUGAAAUGGUAGCUGACCCUCCUUUAGAAUCAGAUGUUCGUACUACUGAUGUCAUAGAGGACACAGAAAAGUCUGCCAGGACAAGCUCUGAUCAUGAAGAAGAAGAAGAUGAUGGCACUUUCAACUUGACAGACCUCUUUGAUGAAGAAAAGCAGAGAGCUGCUUGGGAGGAGGAAAGCCAACAGCCCAGCAAACAGAAGAAGAAAAAGAAGAAGAAAGCCAAGUGGUGGGAGAGGAAGAGGAAACGGGAGAAGACAGGUGAAGCUGAGGAGUAUGUGGAGGAGGAGGGGGGAGAGGAGGGGAAGGUCAAGAAGAAGAAAAGGGAAUCCAGGCCCAGACCCAACUACUUUGUGGCCAUCAGGGUAUCUAAUGAGGAGAUCCACAGAGGCCUGGAGGCUGUGCAGCAGGCAGUGUUGGAGCAGGAGAAGAACCUGCUACCUGCCAUGAUUCCUCUCAUCAACAUGCACAUCACUCUCCUGGUCACACACCUGAGGGAGGAACAGGUGGACAGAGCAAAAGAGGCCCUGAGGUUGGCCAAAGCCAGGCUGAACCCAAAGUUUCUCCGUCCAGAGAGCAGGCUGGUGCUGACGUUCCAGGGUCUGGGAACCUUCCGUAACGACGUGGUGUUCGCCAAGAUCCAGGAGAAUGACCACUUGACCUCCCUGCGAGAGCUGGCAGAAACUGUUCAGACUUGUUUUGUGGAGAAGGAGGUGUGUUCAAAGAAGGACAAGGGCUUCGAGCCGCACCUCACCCUCAUGAAGACGUCCCGCAACUUUGGAAAACUGAGAAGCAUCAAGAAGAUUGACCCCAAGUUGUACGAGGAGUUUAAUGACCAGAGGUUUGGUGAGCAGAUUGUUGAAGGCUUGCAGCUGUGCUCCAUGCUGAAGAAGAAAGAGGCUGACGGGUACUACCACACAGAAGAACAGGUCAUGUUUGGCUUGGGCUUAGAGCACGUUGUGGCAAACAGCAUUGCCAGCAGGGCAGUCAGGGAGGCCCUCCUCCAACUUGGGUGCAAACUCUUGGAACAGCAGGCAAAAUCCAACCCAGAGGCAGCCCUGCACACACUCAGCAACCACAUUGCUAGAUCUGUCAUUCAAGAUGCACUGACGGCACUGGAAGUUGACGAAAAUGUUGUAAACACCAAGGCAAAAGUGUUCAGUACAGACACGAUGAAAGCUAAGGUUUCAGAACUUAGCGAGUCGCUGGGCACGGCCUUGGUUACUGAGGCCAUACAGGAGGCAAGCUGCAAGAGUGUUGAAAACAACACAAGUAACAAAGAGAAUGAAAAGAAUGUUGACAAUAUUGUAGACCCCAUUGAAAAUGUCGAAGGAAACAGUGUUGGAGUUUCAGCUGUGAUUGAAAAUCAGAAUGACCUUUCAGCUCCGUCAGGAGAAAAUGUGAAAGGUCAAGAGGUAGACGUAUCUCAGGCAGAGACAUGUGACAAUAAUGUAGGUGAAGAUAUAAGUAGCUGUACGACGUCUAAAGGUCAGCUUAAAGAUCUCAGUGAAAAGUUAGUGAAAGAAGUAAUUGAAGCUGCCCUGUCCAAAGUGCAUGGGAGUGAGAGCAAAAAGUGAUAUAAUUGCUUAAUUCUCUUUGUGUUAGAAGUAUCAUUUUAUUAUAAUGAUGUUUAACUAUAGAUUCAAGAGACACAGUCAGAAAAAAUUACCUCUGAUUUUGAUUUCGGAAAACCCUUUUUCUUAAUGGAGCACCUAACGUUACCUUUUAUCAAUAAGACAACUAUUUACAUCUUAAAUAAAAAAAUUCCUAAGCAAGUCAAAUGUUCAAUUAUAGCAAAGAGUGGAUAAAGGGUAUUGGGUGAUAACUGUAAGAAGAAGGAAGAAGCUGAAAAAAGGAAGCUGUGAUGAAUUCUUGCCAUCUCUGUUUGUUCCACUAUUUCCUCACCUUCUUUUUUGUGUAAAACAUUUGGACAUGGAUUGAAAGCUUGUUGAAUAAGGGAAGGUCAUGCAGAAUUGAUCCCCGGCUCUCCUCCAUCUUACCCAUGUACAAAUAUGCUACUGUUAUAGGUUACUAUUACAGUUAGCAGGGUAGGCAUUUCAUAACACCUGUAUGUGUCUGCCAUGUAAAACACAAAUAUUUGCCCACAUUUAUUAAGAAGGGAUGAACUCUGUGUGGCCCAACAGUAGGCCCUGUCCGGUAUGUGUAAAUGUAUAGGCCAACAAUUAAGGCACAUGUUGUACGUUGUGAGGAAAGAUAAUUUUACAUUGAACUUUGUGGGUAUUUGGUAAUCUCAAAGAAGAUCUACAUAUAGCGGCUAGCAAUAUCCAGCCCGUCAAACAACCAACCAGCCCCAUAGGCUGGAUGUUGCUUAAGCCUCCAAAGAGAUCUUGGAGGUACAUGUUUUAGGGGCUAUAAUGGCUGAUACUAUAUGCUCUCACAGAGCUCUGAUAUCUGCAGCUGUAAGAAAUCGACUUAAAAACUGUGAAUCGCAUGGUUUACAUAUAAACCUUCCUGUAAGAUCAAUUGAGGCAAGUAUCUACUUUGAUUGUUUUUUAACUUACCAAAAGUGCCUUGCCUUCCUCAUAGCAGUUGUGAGAAUUGUCAUGGACUGUUUUAAACUUUAUAUCAAUAAAGGAAUGAUAUAUAGAAACUUGAAGCAUAUGAGGUUUAUUCAAUUUUCUUGAAUAAAGCAAAUUUUUUAGCAUCUACUAUGGAGAUGCCACUACUAUG